CCCGAGCAGGCGACCCCGGAAGUGGCUGCGUGCGGGCGCGCACGUGGGUGCGGCGAUGGGCCGAGCGCGACGGCGGCACAACUGGAGGGCGCGGCGGCCCGGCCCCGGGGGGCUCCCGCCGCGCCCCUCCGACCCCGACCCGGAGCCGCUGCAGCUGGAGCUGGGAGAUGAGACGCUACUCAAAGGGGUGGAUGAAAGCAAUGCUCUGGUUCUGCCAGCCAAAAAGGCGAAGAAGAAAAAAGCAUCAGAGGAUACAAGAGAAAAGAAGAAGCCCCUGAGCAAGAAACAGAAGAAAAUCUUGCAGAAAGUUUUAGAGCAAAAAGAGAAGAAAAAUCAGCGCGUCGAGUUGUUAAAUAAAUUAAAUGAGGUCCAGGCUUCUGAAGCUGAAAUGAAACUUCUGUACACCACUUCCAAGCUGGGCAUCGGAGAACGCAUGUUCCAGGCCAAACGGACAGUAGAAGAACCAGGGGCUGCAUGUCCAGGGAAGAUUAGUAGCAUUAGUGGUGCCAAUAAAAAAAGGUGCAGGCUGGACCCAGGAGUGGAGGAUCAGGAAGAGUCUGAUGCCUCUGCGAGUUCUCAGGAGGAUGAAGAUGAACAUAAAGAAGAACUUGUGAAGAUGGACACCAGUCACUUGGACGUUGUCCAGCCAGAUGAAGUCAGUCAGAUACCAGCAAAUAAUAAACCAACUGUCCCCCAAGUCCCACCUCCUCAGAUUGCUCGUCCAAAGCCAUCUUCCAAGCCUGCAGUUUUUAUCCCUGUGGAUCGGUCUCCUGAGAUGCAGGAAGCCAGGCUAAAACUUCCCAUCCUAGCAGAAGAACAAGUUAUCAUGGAAGCCAUUAAUGAGAAUCCUAUUGUCAUCAUAUGUGGAGAAACCGGGAGUGGUAAAACCACUCAAGUGCCUCAGUUUCUAUAUGAAGCUGGCUAUGCCAGUUCUAACGGCAUCAUCGGCAUCACCGAACCCCGACGUGUUGCCGCAGUGUCCAUGUCGCAGCGGGUUGCCAAGGAAAUGAACUUGUCCCACAGGGAGGUUUCGUACCAGAUACGUUAUGAAGGAAACGUUACAGAUGAAACCAAAAUCAAGUUCAUGACAGACGGUGUGCUCCUGAAAGAAAUUCAGAAGGAUUUCUUGCUCUCAAGGUACAAAGUCAUCAUUAUUGAUGAAGCCCACGAAAGAAGCGUGUACACGGACAUCCUGAUCGGGCUCUUGUCUCGCAUCGUGCCCCUUCGCGAGAAGAAAAGGCAACCGAUGAAGCUGAUUGUUAUGUCUGCCACUCUUCGUGUUGAGGACUUCACGGAGAACAAGAGAUUGUUUUCUGCCCCCCCUCCUGUUAUACAGGUAGAUGCCAGGCAGUUCCCUGUGACCGUGCAUUUCAACAAGAGAACUCCAUUUGAUGACUACAGCGGGGAGUGUUUCCGAAAGGUCUGUAAAAUCCACCGAAUGUUACCCCCAGGAGGGAUUCUGGCGUUCUUAACAGGCCAAGCAGAAGUGCACUCACUCUGCAGACGGCUAAGAAAAGCCUUUCCGUUCCGUAAAAACAAAGUUGAAGGAGAUGGAGAUAAGGAAGACACUGUUGAGGAAAUCAGCAAAUUUAAGAAAUCCAGACGGAAGAAAACUAUGACACUACCAAAAAUAGAUCUGGACAGCUAUUCUGUCAUGCCAGUGGAUGAAGGAGAUGAGGAUAGAGAAGCUGAAACCGAUGAUGAGGACAUUGCAGGCUCUGAUCAUGACCUAGAUUUGGGAGAUGAUGAAACGGAGGAAGGUGAGAAGUCUGAUUCUUCCCUUCCACUCUAUGUGCUCCCGCUCUACUCUUUGCUAGCACCAGAAAAACAAGCCAAGGUGUUCAGACCCCCACCACCUGGAACGAGACUGUGCAUCGUAGCAACCAACGUGGCUGAAACAUCUCUGACCAUCCCCGGCAUUAAGUAUGUGGUCGACUGUGGAAAAGUCAAGAAGCGCUUCUACGACAAAGUGACUGGCGUUUCAUCUUUCCGAGUUACCUGGACGUCUCAGGCAUCUGCAAACCAGAGGGCAGGGCGUGCGGGCCGGACAGAACCAGGCCACUGUUACAGGUUGUAUUCCUCAGCGGUCUUCGGGGAUUUUGAGAAGUUUUCUCCUCCAGAAAUCACAAGGCGCCCUGUGGAAGAUUUGAUUCUACAGAUGAAAUCAUUAAACAUAGAGAAGACAGUCAACUUCCCCUUCCCAACACCGCCUCCGACAGAUGCACUGGUGGCAGCUGAAGAGCUGCUGAUAGCGCUCGGAGCCUUACAGGAGCCCCCCAAGACAGGAAGACUGACAGAGCUGCAGAAAGCAAAGCUGAGUUGUCCAAUUAGUCCCUUGGGCACAGUAAUGGCCUCCUUUCCCGUGGCUCCGCGCUAUGCGAAGAUGCUUGCUUUAAGCAAGCAGUACGACUGUCUGCCAUACACCAUCACCAUAGUGUCUGCAAUGACUGUGCGAGAGCUCUUUGAGGAGUUUGACAGACCAGCUGUAAGUGAAGAAGAGACGGAGAAGCUCAAGGGGAAGAGAGCGAGAGUUGUGCAGAUGCAGAGGAUCUGGGCAGGACAAGGAGCUUCUCAAAAGCUAGGAGAUCUCAUGGUGAUGCUAGGGGCCGUGGGGGCCUGCGAGUACGCAGGCUGCACGCCGCAGUUCUGCGAAACUAACGGGCUCCGAUACAAAGCCAUGGUGGAAAUCCGGCGCUUGCGAGGGCAGCUGACAACAGCAGUGAACUCAAUCUGCCCCGAUGCUGGCCUCUAUGUUGAUCCAAAGAUGAAGCCCCCGACAGCAGCCCAGGUGACCUAUUUGAGACAGAUCGUGUUGGCGGGGCUGGGGGAUCACAUUGCCCGAAGGAUCCAGGCAGAGGAGCUUCUGGAUGAGAAGUGGAAAAAUGCCUACAAGACUCCUCUCCUCGAUGACCCAGUCUUCAUCCACCCGAAUUCAGUCCUUUUCAAGCAGCUCCCAGAGUUUGUGGUGUAUCAGGAGAUUGUUGAGACUACAAAAAUGUACAUGAAAGGUGUUUCGGCCAUUGAACCUGAAUGGAUCCCCGUCCUCCUCCCUCCGUACUGUCACUUUGGGAAACCAAUGGAGUAUCCUCCUCCGUCCUACUGUCCUGAGACGGGCAGAAUCAAAUGCCACCGGCCAAGCGUCUUCUAUCGAGUUGGCUGGCAACUUCCUGCUGUAGAAGUCGAUUACCCAGAGGGCCUCGAUCGCUACAAAUACUUUGCCAGGUUUUUUUUGGAAGGGAAGGUUGUUAAAAAGCUGGGCUCGUACAGCCGCUGUUUGCUCUCCAGUUCGCUCACAAUGCUGAAGACCUGGUCCAAGCUUCAACCCAGGACAGAAACUCUUCUGCAGGCUCUUGUGUCCGAAAAUGCAGACUGCCGGGAUGCCUUGCUGGCUGCUUGGAAGAAAAAUCCCAAGUAUUUGCUAUCUGCAUAUUGCCAGUGGAUCCCAGAAGUUAUGCAUGACGAAGUAGCCAAGAACUGGCCCCCUGUCACGCAGUGAACUGUCAGGAUUUCUCUUCCGCAGGCGUCAUCCCUCUCUCCCAUGUCUGUUGAGAACUGGCUUUCGCUAGGAAGACUGAAGGAAAAGAAAUCUCUGUUUAAAAAAAAAAAUGGUUUCUUAAUGAAGGACAAGUGAACUGUUUGUUUUCACAAAAUGCUACUUGUCAUUACCCAUCUUUGUUAAAAACCCUCUUUUUCAAACAUCUUUCCAGUUGUUUGGAUGGAACGUUUAGUAAUAUUUAUUCCCUUUCUGGAUAAUUGUAUCCAUUGUAUUUAAUAGAUUUUUUUUUUUCCCCCCAGACAAGUUUCUCUUAGACUACAUUAGUCACGUGGAUGUAGAGUUCUUGUUCUGGGCAAGAAAAAUGUUUUCUGUGCUACUGUGAGGAUGUUGUAAUGCAAACCCACAGUGUUCCCAGUACAUACGACUGUAGGUCAAGACUCACAUGAACAUGCAGCUUCUUCAUGUUCCUGGCAUUGUGUUCACUGUGGGAAUUUGCUCUGGGAUCAGAGUGCCUAGAAACUCCUUCCUUCCUUCCUUUCAUUUUUUUUUUUUUUUUUUUUUGCCCCUUCUUGCCUCAUCUGUUUCUUCAUCUUUUUUCCCCCCCCCCACCCCUGCAACUGGCUGCUGUAAUGUGUUGCAAGAUGUUUGCCCUUCCCCAAGGGAGAACAAAAUCCUUACGUCUUCUCUGACAUGCCUUGGUUGCAUAUUGCUGCUCUGGGCAAAGACUUCCAUGACUGCUCUGGGAGCUGCUCUCUCCCAUUUGACACAAUGGUACCUUGCCAAUAAUCCCACUGGUGCUCUUCCUGUUUUUUGGCGGGGUGUAUGCAAUCGCUCACUGGAAUUUUAUGCAGUGAGAAACUGUCUUUGAAAAGUAAUGCUGGCAGGAAAAGGCGUGGGCUAAAAUAAGCCUAUUCCUAUAAUCUAAUCUUUAAAAAAAAUAAAAAAAUAAAAAAAGAUUAACAUUCCUAAAACCUUGCAAAAGGUGCCCUGAUCUCCUUGCCUAAGCAAGUAAAGAGCCCACAUUAAACUAGAGAUGUAUUUAAAUGUAAGAAAACUGAACAGAGUUCCCUACUUGUUUAGGGAUCUCUGUUCAGUUAUGUAUCCUUGCAGGCAUACGGCGCUACAGGAGAUAAAAGGGGGUUUUUGAUCUUGGGAUCCAUGGACACAAUACUUAAUUUAUAAGCAAAAUAGUUGCUGAAAAAUAUUUUAAACAUUGUAAAAAAAUGUAAAAUAUGUUCAUAUGGUGGAAGGUGAUUUUGUGAAAUAAACUUGCAAUUCUAUAUGCAA